AUGGUCCAGGAACCGAAGCCCAUCUUCCGGGCCGUGGCCACGUCAACACGACCGCUUUACCAGCUUUUACGAUGCAUUAACUUUUCACCAAGAGUGCACGUUCAAAUUACAGAGGACGGCAUUCGAUUCGCGGCAGACCACGCCCGCGUUAUGCAGGGAGUGGCCUUUCUGGACAAAGCCCUCUUUACAUCCUACACUGUCAAUCUACCGGAACCCGAUGAUGAUGCCGAUACUGCAGAAGUAUCCAGCUUUCAAAUUUCGCUGUCUUCGUUUUUGGAAGUCUUGCAAAUUUUUGGUGCCGUUGACGUUGCUACUCGAGCGCAGAAGGCGGAACAGGAUCCGUAUAGAAGUAAUAUACGAAACUACCGCCCAGAUGCUUUCAGCAACCAAACGCUAGGCAUUUCGGGGACGUGCAGUCUUGUGUACGGAGAGACUGGUGAUCCCUUUAGAGUUACUAUCGAAGAGUCUGGCGUCAAGACUACUGCCAGUCUCAGCACCUACUUGCCCGAGAACCCGGAAGACAUCCCGUUUGAUCGCGAGGACCUCUGCUUCAAAAUCAUCAUGCCGUCGCGGUCUCUUCUUGAUUCCCUCUCCGAGAUAUUGCCAACAGCCCCGAUUAAACUUGCGUUGACGGCAACCAAGACGAGCCCAUAUUUGACUUUGGCUGGCCGAGGAGACCUUGGAAGCUCUGGCGUGGACUUUGCACGCGGAAGAGAGAUCUUGGAGACGUUUAGCAUCCGAGACCGGUGGUCACAGACAUUCAAGUUUGAUUUCAUCAAGAGCUCGACGGAAGCCAUGAGAAUUGCGACCAAAGUGAGUCUACGAGGAGACGGACAAGGCGUGCUAAGCCUGCAGUUUAUGGUGGAUAUGGAGGGUGGCAAGCGAAGCUUUCUUGAUUUUCGCUUUGUGCCCUUUAUUGCACAAGACGAGGACGAGGACGAUGGCGACGACGCUGCUGCAGGUAGCGAUGCGGAUAACAGUUAA